AUGGAGUUGAUGCAGAGCAUGAUGGCUCGCUGUUGCCUCGUCGCGGCGCUCGUCGUUUCCGGCGCCCACGGCUUCGCGCUCCCGCGGCCCGGAGCGCGCGCGCCGCGCGGCGCCGGCGUUUCCCUCCGCGCGUCGCCGUCGGACGUCGCCGCGGCGCUCGGCGACGAGCGGCUCGUGCUCAACUUCGCCUGCUUCGGCUUCUACGAGCGCGACUGCCUGCUGGAGCUCGACGGCGACGGGACCUGCGAGUACAGCGCGGGCAUGAUCAGCGACGGCCCCGGCGAGUGGCGCGUCGUCGGCGGCGACCCGGACGGCGGCGAGAGCCCGGCCGACGCGUACCUCGAGUUCAGCCAGCCCAUGACGGAGAUCUACCGCGAGCUCUACAACGUGCCCAGCGGCACGGUCUUCUGGCGCGGCCGGGUCGUGCCGAGCGGCGGCGGCUACGCGGUCGUCGACGGCGUCGCGAUCUCCGAGGCCGAGAGCCAGACGUCGAAGCUGCUCUCCAAGGUCGUGCUCCGCGGCGGCGGCUUCCAGAAGGAGGGCACCUUCACGGGGCGCCUGGUCCUGCCCGACGACGACGAGGACGACCUGCCGCAGCCCGUGUCCAUCGAGCUCUUCGACGACGACGGCGACGACGCCGAGGUCGCGCAGCAGGCGGCGAAGCGCGUCCGCAAGCGCAAGAAGCUCAAGGCGUCGGAGAGCGACAAGGGCUUCGCCAAGGCGCCCGAUCCGGUCGCGGCGCCGGCGCCCGAGCCCGUGGCCUUCGAGUCGAACGAUGCCGCGGACGCGCGGAAGGCGGACUUCGGCGUGGGCACGCCCCUCUUCGGCAAGAAGAAGCAGUAA